AGCAGGGUGGGAGGUGUGGGAGGGGGCUGUCUCCUGGGGGGCUGUGUUUGGCUCCCCAUGCCCAAUCUCCGCUGGAGCAGAGGUCAGGGGUCUCUGGGGGGAUGCUGCUGGCUGAUCUGCUGUCCUAGGGGCUCCAGCCCCGGGGGUCUCCAUGAAGGGUGGGCAGCACUGCUGGGCAUUGCUGGAGCCAGCAAUGGCAGUGACCACUGUUUGAGGGAAGGCCCAGAGGAAGUGAACUGUUGCAUGGGAGUCUCUCCACCCUGGCAUUAGUCAGCAGCGUUUGCUGCAGGAGGAGGCUGCCUGGACAGACCUGUUCCCCCUGUCUCCAGUGGCCAAGGCCAGCAGGGACAGGCACAGGAGGAAGCCUCGAUCCCUCUGUCUCUGCCGCCGGUUCAUCAUCCUGAGCCUGCUUAAUGCUGAGGUCUGAGCUCUGUGUGCCAGCUCCUGCUGAGUUAUUGCCUUCCCUGCUCUGCUGCAUCUGUCCUCCACCCCAUCCUGGGAGCUGCUUCCAGCCCUUUCCCUGCAGCCUUGGGGUUGUGCACCCUCCUGGCCCUGCCAAUGUCCCAGUGGGACCAGUGCCACCACCUUCCUCCCCCAGUUCAGCAAACUGGGUGCCACCAUGUAAAUAGCAAUUAGGACCCAGGGCAUGAAUCAGCCAGGGACAGUCCCUAGGAGCAGGCUGGGACAGGAAGAGACAGCAAUGCCACACCACACCUGUGACCCAGCCACCCUCCCACGCUCCGAGUCAUGGGGUCUUGCAGGGGAGAGCAGAGCCCCAGGGCAUUGCUCGAGCUGUGGCACCACAGGGAGGGGGAACAGGGUGGUUUUGGGGCUCCCCACCCCUCUAUUUUGCCCUGAGGAGCUCUUGCACUUGCAACCCCUGGCUGGACUGAGUGUCCCCAUGGCCCAGGGACAGCCCCGGGGGACAGUGCAGAGCUCCUGCAUGGCAGUCAUCAUGCUGGUGACACCAUCCCCUCAUCCAGGCAGGAUACUUCCUUCCAAGCCCUGCAAACUGCUUGUGGGAUAUGGCAGGGAGAGAUGGCCCAGCACAGGGACUGACCUGGGGGAUAGGGAGCUGGACUGGAGCAGCACAGGGCCUGUGCUGGGCGGCUGUACUGUCUCUGAGCGGGGAGACAGCGCUGGGGGAACACAGGGCUUGUGCUGGGGGGCUGUGCUGGCUGAGCACAGGAGCAGUGCUGGGAGGCUGUGCUGGUCUCUGAGCUGGGGGGCUGUACUGGAGGGGCCCAUGCUGCCAUGCCCAGGGGCAGGGGUGUGGGGAGCACUGGCCGCAGAGGUGGCUCCAUUUGUGCUGGGCAAGGCGAAGAGGCGGCCGUGGGCCCGGCUCCUCCCCGGCUCCGGCGGGAGCUGAUUGGCGCGGGCAUGGCUUCCUGCCCCGGGCUGCUGCAUUUGAGCCGCUUCCAGAAGCUGACAAACCAGACUGGUUAGAGCCAGGCUCGGCCCCAGCCCUGCCUGGCCCGCAGCAGGAGGCAGCUGCCUGUGCGGGUGCCCGCCACGCCUGCACCCCUCCUGGCAGAGCAGGCAGCGCCCAGCGCGUCCUCCCCGCCGGACCGUGGCGGGUCAGGACUGCGUUGGUGCUGGGGAGGAGGAAGAGGAAGAGGAGGAGGAGGAAGAAGAGGCUGUUGGAUGCUCAUGGUGAUGCCCCUCUUGGGGUGUUCUGUCGGUGAGGAUGAUGGGGGUACACCCUGCUUUGAUGGCUCCUGACCCUUUGGUCUGGGAGGGUGCCCCAAACUGCGCCAGAGGGAUGGUGGGACUCUGUGCACAUGCUGCUGCCUCCAAACCCUUCUGGCAGCCGUGCUGAAGGCUGCCUGCUGCCCUGGAGCAGCACCCACGUCCUGCGCCCAGCCCCAAGGGGUCUCCGGAGGUGGUGGGUGAGGGGGGUGGCCUUGGAGCUGCUGUCCUCAUGGAGGCAGCAGCAGGCGAGGAGGCAGAGCCUGGGCCCCAGUCUGUGCAGACGGCUAGUGGGGAAGGCUGUGCCAGGCAGUGGGGUGAGAGUGAGACUGUGGGGCCAGGGGACCCUGGGGAGCCACCCCAACUCUGUGGAGAGGCGUCUGCUGCUGCCUGGGGACACUGGAACCCACCACCAGCGGAGGAUGCAAUGGAGCCGCUCCUGCCUGGGCAUGAUGAGCCACCUGCAGGGCAGGACCCUCCUGCUGCCACCACCACCAGCCCCAUCCCGCCCUGCAGGGAGAGCCCAGCUCCGUGGGGGGUGUCUCCCAGCAUGGAAAGCGCCUCCAGCUCUAUCCUGAGCCUCUUUGGCAAGGAAGAGGCGAUGUCGAGCGAUGAGAUGGCGGCGGCAGCGGAGCCAUGCCACGUGCUGGCGGGCAGUGAGGACGAGUGCCCCAUCUGCACGGAGCCCUACGAUGACCAGCGGCACAAACCGGCCCUGCUGAACUGCAGCCACGGGCUGUGCCGCGCCUGCCUGCGCGCCAUCAUGGACACGGCCGCCGGCGCUGAGUUCGGCCGCGUGCGCUGCCCCAUCUGCCGCCAGAAGACACCCAUGCUGGAGUGGGAGAUCUGCAAGCUGCAAGAGGAGCUGCUCCUGCUGCACGCCCAGCCCGGCUCCCCCGGCACCCUGGCCACCCCCCGGCCCCCCACCCUGCCACCCCGGCGCCCCGGCCUGGCCGGUGCCCUCGAGCAUCGCUUCCAGGUGCGCUUCCACACCAGCCGCAUGUUUGGGUGCCUGCCCUGUGUCCGGUACCCGCCCUGCCUCAUCCACGGGCUGGCGCGGCUGGAGCGCCGCUGCCGCUGCUGCUACCUCCUGCUCCUGGCGCUGCUGCUGGCGGCAGAGAUGCUCAGCUUGCUCCUCAUCUUCCUCCCCAUCGUCCUCAUGGUGAUUCUCUUCCUCAUCCUCGAUAAAUAGUGCUGGGUUGGUGCCCCCAGGCUGAGCUGUGUGUGGGGAGAGGAGCCCUGCUCCUGCUCUGCCCCGGGGCUGCAGUUGGGUUGUGGUGCCAGCUGGAAGCAGGCCUGUGACCCUGACCUGGCGCUGCCGGUGAGCCCGUAGUGGUUGAGGCAGCGGAGGAGCUGGAGCAGACAGCCAAGGGAGGCAACCCCGAAGCUGGGCAGCACCGGUGCCCCACGGGGCACCAGGAGACACAGCCCUGGAGCAGCAAAGGGCGGAUGGAGUGGGACCCCUUCCUGCACUGGGAACAUCCCUGGCACAGGGCUGGGAACCAGAGGGGCUCUGCAGGCAGAGCAGGACUGUGCCAUGGGCUGUGCCGUGGGCUGUGCCACCCACGCCCAUGACAGACAGCCUGGGAUUCCCCAGCGUGGAUUGGAAAUACAACCUGCAUUUGUACCACA